AUGCUUGAAGGCAUCAGACCUGCCCUGAGAGUCUUGGGAUCUGCUGCCAAGAUGACGGAAGCCCAGUUACAGCAACCUUCAGUCCGAGGCCUGUCUCGGAUCACCAACAGCCUGUACAUCAGCAGCGGUGUGGCUGCUAAUAACAAGGUUAUGUUAACCAGCAACCGUAUCACCACAAUCAUCAACGUGUCAGUGGAGGUGGAGAACAUCUACUACAAAGGCAUCCAAUAUAUGCGUUUUCCCGUUUUUGAUGCUUGUAAUUCCAACCUCUUGGACUUAUUUGACCCCAUAGCUGACCACAUCCACUGCGUGGCGACGAAACAAGGCCGCACACUGAUACACUGCGUCGCGGGUGUGAGCCGCUCUGCUGCCCUUUGCCUUGCCUACCUAAUGAAACACCACGCUAUGUCGCUGCUGGAUGCCCACACCUGGACCAAGUCUUGCCGACCCAUCAUCCGGCCUAAUAAUGGCUUCUGGGAACAACUGAUCCUCUAUGAGUACAAGCUGUAUAGCAAGAACACUGUGAAAAUGGUCAACUCACCAAUGGGUAUGAUUCCUAAUGUCUACAAGGAAAAAGCCCAUUGA